GCGUGCAACCCUUUGCUCCUGGCAACCACCAUUCCACUGUCUGCUUCUCUGCGUUUGAUUAUUAUAGAUUCCUCAUGCCCGGUGCCCUGGCGCCUCCUGUCCGCUGAGCCAUGGCCACCCCCGAUGUGAGCGUCCACAUGGAGGAGGUGGUGGUGGUGACGACGCCCGACACGGCGGCGGAUGGCAGUGGCGUGGAGGAGGUGAAGACCGUGCUGGUCACCACCAACCUGACCCCGCACGGGAGUGACCUGACGGAGGGUAACAUGGAGACGGAAAACGCCGCGGCAGCUGCUGCAGCCGCGUUCACAGCGUCCUCGCAGCUCAAGGAGGCCGUGUUAGUGAAGAUGGCUGAAGAGGAGGAGAGCCUGGAGGCCGAGAUCGUGUACCCCAUCACCUGCGGGGACAGCAGAGCCAACCUGAUCUGGAGGAAGUUUGUGUGCCCCGGCAUCAAUGUGAAGUGUGUUCAGUACGAUGAGCAUGUCAUCAGCCCCAAGGAGUUUGUGCACCUGGCCGGCAAGUCCACGCUGAAGGACUGGAAGCGAGCCAUCCGCAUGAACGGCAUCAUGCUCAGGAAGAUCAUGGACUCCGGGGAGCUGGACUUCUACCAGCAUGACAGGGUCUGCUCCAACACCUGCCGCAGCACCAAGAUCGACCUCUCGGGGGCCCGCGCGUCCCUGGGCAGCCCCACGCCUGCCGAGUACAUCCCGCUCACGCCCGCCACGGCCGACGUGAACGGGGCUCCUGCCACCAUCACCAUCGAGACUUGUGAGGACCCUGGGGACUGGACCACAGCCGUCGGAGAUGACACGUUUGCCUUCUGGAGAGGGCUGAAGGACGCAGGCCUGCUGGACGAGGUCAUACAGGAGUUCCACCAGGAGCUGGUGGAGACCAUGAAGGGUCUGCAGCAGCGGGUCCAGGACCCUCCCCUGCAGCUCCGAGACGCCGUCCUCCUCAACAACAUCGUGCAGAACUUCGGCAUGCUGGACCUCGUGAAGAAGGUGCUGGCCAGCCACAAGUGCCAGAUGGACCGCUCUCGGGAGCAGUACGCCCGCGACCUGGCAGCGCUGGAGCAGCAGUGUGACGAGCACCGCCGUCGGGCCAAGGAGCUCAAGCACAAGUCGCAGCACCUCAGCAACGUGCUCAUGACGCUGACGCCGGUCUCCCUGCCACCCCCCGUGAAGCGGCCCCGGCUCGCCAGGGCCACGUCCGGGCCGGCCGCCAUCGCCUCGCAGGUGCUCGCCCAGUCCACCCAGAUCGCCCUGACCCCCGGCGUACCUGUCUCCCAGCUUACCGGCGUGCCGCUGGGCAAAGUGGUGUCCACCCUGCCCUCCCCCAUGCUGGGCAAGGCCAUGCCCCAGGCUGCUCCGGCAAGCUCCCCCGCUUCACCGCUGCUUGGGGGCUACACGGUGCUGGCCUCCUCGGGCACCACCUUCCCCAGCACGGUGGAGAUCCACCCGGACGCGUCCAGCCUCACGGUCCUGAGCACAGCCGCCAUGCAGGACGGCAGCACUGUGGUCAAGGUGGUGAGCCCGCUGCAGCUGCUGGCCCUGCCCGGCCUGGGCCCCACCCUGCAGAACGUGGCCCAGGUGUCGCCCGGGGGCAGCACCAUCGUGACGGUGCCCACGGGGGCCGUUGAGAGCGCCGUGGCCGCCCCGGGACCCGAGGAGCACACGGCCACCAUCGAGGUGGCCGCCAUGGCGGAGGGCCACGAGCACAAGUAGCCGUCGGCGGGGGGCGAGGCCCCUCGUGGGCACAGGGCUGGCCGCCUCUCCUCAGGCCGUGGCUGGCCGGGAGCACAGCGCUGGCACCCGGCGGGCCCCGCGGGGCUGCUGAACCAAAGAGAGGAAACGCCAAAACAGACGGAGCGGAGCGGAGAGGAGCGGAGCGGAGAGGGCGCAGCAGCAGCCUGAGACUCGGGUCCCUGGCUUCUGAGCCUCCUCCCCUGUCUUCUCGGGAAAUAUAUAUUUCCAUCUGUUGCUUAUUAAUACUGUUUACAUGUGGGGCCUUGGUCAGGAGCCAGGUUGGGGAGGCCGAGGGGGCCCAGGUGCAGCUGGCAGCAGAAGCAGGGCAGGGAGCAGGGCCUCGGCCCGCCGGCUGGGGUAGGCCGUUACUAACACAUGUCUUGGGAACUGUCCCCAAGUGUGGAAACCCAUGGAUCCUAUGGAUUUGGUUUCUUCCCACAGUUUUCUGUAGGUUUAGUGUGGCCAGCACCCUGUUCUCCCAGCUCUGGAACAGGCAUCAGUGGUGCUGCAGGUCUGCAGGUGGCUCAGGUGGGGCUGCAGGGCACCCAGGGGUCGGGCUGAAGACCCCGGGGCACCUGCCUGGCCAGAGGGGCCGAGGGGCCUGAGCAGCACAGGCCGGGGCGGGGGGGGGGAGCACCCUGCCCCCACUCGUGCCUGGCAGGUGCUCAGGGGCUCAGGGGCCAUUGCACAUGCUCUGGGGGUAUUUUUAAGUGAACUCCUUAGUAGGCUUCUAGGAAGAGUCAGGUUUAUAGUGUUUUCAACCUAAACAACGCUGAGUGCCUAGCUUCCCGAUCUGUUCUGGGUUCCAGAGUGUUUUGUACACAGGGACUGUUGGGAAGGCCCCCAGGGGAGCGAGAUGGUGGGCGUCCCCUGCGGCUUUGGCCUGAGGAGGGUGCGUGGAAAGAACAAGCAGGGGCUCUGGAGGGUUCACUCCCAGUUGGGACGUGCCUCAGAUCAGGGCUCGUGAUCCCCUGUGUUCAGCGUGCUGGUGGGGCCCCCUCCUGGAGGCGGGCUGCACCCCACCGGCCGACACUGGUGCCCCAGGGUGUUCGGGGCCAGUGCUGGGUGAGGUGGGGGCACCCAAAUGCUCGCGGGAAGGAUGUCCGUGGGCCAGCCGGCCCUCUGCCCUUCUGGUUGUGGACUCAGGAGGAAGACCAGGGAGGAGCCUUCCUGCAGGCCUUGAGCCACUGCAGCAGAGGGUCCCCACGGGCACCCUGGGCCUCUUGUCUGUCACCUGUGGAGACCCAGAGAGAAACCACUGCCCGCCUCGCACUUUGAAGGGAACUGGGCUCCGUCCAUCCAUCCAUCCGUCCUUCCGUCUGUCCGGUGGCCCGGACCCCGCCUCAGCGCCCUUGCCCCGCAUCAAGCACCGAGGCUGUUUUGUUUCUGGCGUGUCUGGUUGGCCGCCGUCUCGGGCCUGCUGGUCUCAGCGCGAUGUCACUUCCUUGUUCGCUACACGCUCCUCUUCCAGGCGCGUCUCUGAUGCGCGUGCGGUGUGAGCCCGUGGACCAGGCGCCCCGGCCCGUCCCGAGUCCGGCUCAGACCGCAUCAGCACGUGUCGCUCAUGAAACUGGGUGUCUUGUGCUUGGAGCCUCUCCGGUCAGACCUGCCGCCUCUCGGAAGCCGCCCCGCCCGCGGGCCACGUGGCACCGGGAGGAAAGUUGGUUUCAGAGCCACACGGACGGAAGCCACCGACAGCUGCUCCUGCAGACACCGGCGCCUGGCGGGCCCUGAGCCCGGGGUGUGGGGAGGGGCCCACUGUCCUCCAGGAAACCUCAGCCCGCUGUGGGGUUGGGCCAUCUCGCUGUGGCCACCCGCCGCUUCCCCCUUCCACCCGCCGGGCGCGUGGAGGCUGUCCCGGCCGGGCGUCUGGGAAGGCAGGACCGCAUCUGUGGGGCUUGGAGGCAGCCUGGGGAAGGGAGGCGUCUGAGUUCUACUUUGUAUGUUGUUUUGCAAGUAUCUGCUUGGUACUUUGAUUUAAAAUAAAAACGUUUUUCAUAA